UCGGCGCUCGGCUCAGCUGGCCGACGGCGGCACAGUCUCGGCCACGACCGAGCGCGCCGAUCGAUGGUGGACGAGCGGAGCGCGCGCCAGUGUCGCCGCCGCCGCCGCCGCGUCCGUGAUGGGCCGCCGCCGCCCGCGCCUCUCGCUAUAGUGUCAACUGCCGAUGGAGUGAGCCGCGGUGGCCAGCCGGGCACGAUGAGGGCGCCGGCAGCCGGCGUCGGCACCCCGCUGCUGAUCCUGCUGGCGGCCAUCCUGGCCACAGCUCUUGGCUCGGAGGACGAGGAAAGGCUGGUGGCCGACCUCUUCUUCGGCUACAACAAGCUGAUUCGGCCAGUUGAGAACAUGACCAAAACAGUCAACGUCGAGUUUGGCCUGGCCUUCAUCCAGCUGAUCAGCGUGAAUGAAAAGAACCAGAUUAUGAAGUCCAACGUCUGGCUACGUUUGGUGAGUAACAAGUUUUUGAACGGCUACAGCAAUG